AUGGCUCUCAACAUCGAUCCGCCUGCGAGCACCUUCGACUCUGUCAAAGGAGGUCUCAACAAGCAUACAAUCGUCAACACAACGGACAAGCGUCAUGCAUUCAAGGUAAAAAACCUCUUUAAAAUCUCCCAAAAUUUCUCGGCACUAAAUAAAAUUUCUUUACUUUUCCAGAUCAAAUGCAGCAACAAUAUGUUCUACCGCGUCAGCUCUGUGUACGGCUUCGUCGACCCCAAUGGCAAGAAGCCUGUCGAUGUGCAUCGUCUCCCUGGAGGAUCUCCUGGCGCAGAUCGAUUCGUCGUCCAAUGGGCAGAGGUGCCUGCUGAAGAGAGUGAUCCGAAGGCGCCAUUCCUUGCUCAGGCACAGUCCGGAGAGGUGGUCUUCAAUGUCACGGCCGCUGCUGCUGGCACCAAUUCUGCCGCCGCUCCUCCUGCUGCCGAGGAGAAGAAGGAGUGA